CACUGAGCGACCAAAUCGCCCUCUCGCUGCACUGCGAUGAUCAAAAGACCGCCGACCGAUCCUGGCUUGAAGAUCGAGCCGAUCAGGGCUGCAGCGCCGCCUCGUAUUUCCUGGCCAGGAUCCUAUUCUACGAUAUUGAUCACGAAGAGAGCUUUGAAGAAUCCGAGUGGAUCUCCAUGCAUCAGCAAAUCUUCCACUACCUGCAGAACGCUGCUCGCGCAAACCAUCACAUGGCACAGUUUCACAUGGCCAGUUGUUUCCUCAACGGUCUCGGAGUUGACCAAGACCUUACCAAAGCCGCAGAGCUGUAUCGCAGUCUUGCAGAAAAUGGAAUCCCCCAAGCUCAAGUCGCUCUCGGUAGCUACUAUGAGAGUGGCGAGGGGGUCGAUCAAGACUACGACGCAGCCCUCCGGUGGUACACCAAGGCGGCCGAUCAAGGCUCCGAAGAUGGAAGGUUGCAUUUCCUGUUCCUCCGGGGCUGGCUCUCAUUCCUCGGCCACGGUAUCCAACAGAGCGAUGAAGCGGCCUUUGCUCGCUGGCAGGAAGUCAGCAACCAGUCCACCAACAGGAUCCUCAAGCCUAUCGCCACCCACAUGGUAGGAUGGAUGCAUUAUCUCGGCCGGGGAACCCAACUCGACCAGGAGAAGGGCAUCAAGACUAUCCGAGAGAACAAAUCCGAUGACUUUCCUUUUGGCGAAGAUCAAUCCCUGGCUGGUCGAUUUGCUGAGCCUUGGAACUACUUUGAUUCACCGGCGUCGCUCAAGUUUUACCGGCUGUGCAAGUUGGGAUCGGAGCACGACUGGCUCUGCAAGCAUCUGAUGGCUGUGAGCAAAAUCCAGGCUCUUGGAACCACCGAGGACCAAAUUGAAGCGGCGGUAAUCCUCGAGCAGCUCGCCAACGACGGCCACAGCGACAGCCAGUUUUGGGCUGGUGAAUGCUACAAUUAUGGCCGGGGAGUAACCCAGGACAAGGCCAAGGCAUUCGAGUGGUACAACAAGUCCGCAGAUCAGAACAACCCAUAUGGAAGGUGGAGAGUCGGCUGGUGCCACUACUUUGGAGAUGGGGUCGCCACAUCUUUCGAAACGGCAGUCGACUGGUGGCGACCACUGGCCGAGCAGGGCAAUCGAUAUGCCCAGAACGCUCUUGGCGACUGCUAUGGAUAUGCACUGGGUGUCCCUCACGACCUGAAUACUGCUGCGUCCUGGUACCGCAGGUCCGCAGACCAGGAUCUCCAAUGGGCGAUCGACAAUCUCGAGAGAAUCGGCAUGUGAUACCGUCCGCGCCAGACGUUCCGUACAUCCAAAUGUAAAAGCUUUAUGAUAGCGGUCGGGUCGUUCCGAUGAUGCGGCCACGAAUGAAUGAUGUCGUACUUGCCAUCCAGUACAUUCAAUACAUCCAAACUGCAUGAUGGUGAUGCUCCGUCCC